AUGGAAACCUGGCAAGAGUUUCUCCGUGAAUUGCAGCGUGUAGAGCUCGGAUGGAGCUUGGCGCCGAACGCUGGAGGCACCCUCCAGCUAAAGAUUCACGACCACCUCGAGCCCGGUGACGGGGUUCUAUGUGAACUGAAGGGUGGGACUAAUCGGUCGGCGCCACUGGCAGAGUUUUUCGAAGCUUGUGGCUCCAUGUCGCAGGGAACCAUAUCGAGAGCCGAAAUACAGUUCUUCGAUGAGGAGAGUUGCUCCGUUUUGCUGAUUGAGAGUAAAAAGCGCCUAGGAGACACACCAUUCAAAGAUGAGCCACCUAUUUUACCUUUUUUCUGUCAGUUCAACUGCCGUGGGACUUCAGUGUCUCUUUCCGUACUGGACAAAAAAACACUCAUUCGAACACCACUGUUCUCCGACAUUUCUAUUCAAACACUGAACUAUGCAUUUAUGACAUCUCUACCAUUGUUUUUGAAGCGAGAGGACUUAGGCAUCCGCAAUGUUGAUUUCGUGACGAAGGAUCAAAUGCGUCAUUUUCGCUACGCGUGGUGUUUUCUUCGAAAAGAGUCGUGGAUGACUCCAGUGGAACUGGGGGAAUUGGAUGCUUUACUCCCACCUUAG